UUCCCACCGCUUAUUUCUCCCCUUCUUAGAUACCACAAACUCCUCCCUUCCUUCCACGCAAAACCUUUCCAUGGCUCAGUUGCAGUACUAAUCUAUUUCCAGGAGAUGCCAAAAGGUUAAGCUUUUCAACUGAAUAUGCAAGAUUUGUGUUUUAUUAUGCAAGGUUCAUUUUUUACACCUUUUUCGAAGAAAAGCUCCAGGGGUCCAGAUAGAGAGGCUUGGAGUGUCUACAAAGGGUGAUAAUGCUAUUAAUCUUCUCGGUAGCUCUCCUCCUGGUUGGCAUCGUGGUGGUGGUAAUGAUUCAUGCGUGUGUGGUUGGUUGGACCAUUGGGAGGAUCGGCAACGUUGCAGAAGCAGAGGACUACAGACACUUGAUCAAAGGGCUUUCGGCUGACGAGCUCGAGAAGCUCCCCUGCUAUGAUUACAGGAGUGGGGAGAAGGGAAGGAGAAAUGAGGGAGAGUGUGCGGUUUGCUUGGAUGGGUUUCAGGUGGGUGAUAGAUGCAGGCUAUUGCCUAUUUGCAGACACAGCUUUCAUGCGAACUGUGUGGAUUUUUGGCUGAUGAAGACUGCAAUUUGUCCGGUCUGCAGAAGCAGGGUGAGAGAAAGUUUAAGUGGUUUGGUCUCCGGUGAUCGGCUGGGGGGUUUGAGGGGUGGAGGUGAAGGGUUUGGGCUGCAGGAGAUUGAAGAGGUCGAAUUCGGAGUUCGGCCGGGAGCUCCUAAUGGUUCUGCUGCUCUAGAAUAGAUGGUUGGUGUGGUGAAAAUUUGUAAAUAGCAAUUCGUCUCCCCCUUUUGGUUCUAUGAUUAUUGUUGUGCAAUGGAACAAUUGUAUUUAGUUCUGUGUUUUGCAGAAAUUCUAUUUCAUUUCUUUACAAAAGAUCUAUUUUUGGGGGAACUGGAACUGAUUGUGUUUCAACGAAUUAAGAUGUGCUGUUAUUAUUUUUAUUCAUGUAACACUCAAAUUUUUGAUAUCACAUAUGUAUAUGAAAAAGGUGUUUGCACUGAUUCAAUAUAGAUCUAACGGUUUAAAAGAGAAGUGUGACGGAGGCAAGCCCACGAACAGCGGAUCGUGACUCCCACCUGGCCGAACAAGUAAAAUCAAAUGAGACAAGUCAGCUAGGCCCAAACCGAUCGAGCAGUGAGGUGGAGAAGAAGACCAGAUGACUCAAACACAAGUCAUCCGACUGGAAACGAGACAAGAGAGAGUUUCAGUCAUCAACUAUAAGAAAAUUGGCUAGAUG